GCUCCCUGCGGAAGCGGCGGUAGGGGACAGCCCACCACGCAGGGCCCCGUGAUUGAUGGGUGUCAGCUUGACGGAUUUUGAAAGAUCGAGCGCUGCGUACAUCCUUCGUAUUUUCAGACCUGUUGGAAUCGUAUACGUCCAUGUUAUCUUCUCCUGCAACCAGAACGAGGGCUGCAAAUAUCUGCAGGACCCUGAGAGAGAAAACUCGUCCCAGCUGUUUGACGGAGUGUUGGAAAAAAUGGCAUUCCAGGAACAUACAGAAACAUCUGCAGUAUUCUUUACAAGUGGAGUCAGGGAACGGAUGAAAGAAAAGAAAAAUGGAGUAUUAAAAACAGCAAAGCUGAAUGCUUCCCUUGCAUCAAAGAUCAGAACAAGGACGAUAAAUAAUUCCUCUAUAAUUAAGGUCUCCCUGAAACAGAACAACAAAGCACUGGCUCUGGCCCUCAAUUCUGCCAAGAUAACAGCUCAGAAACUUACUGAUGACAAAAUGCUGCUGCAGAAAGAAGUGGAGUUGGCUCACUUUGAAAAUGCUUGCUUACGCCAAAAGCUCUCAUCUGUGAAUAAAUAUAUUGACGAACUGCAGCUCUUUAUGAACAGCUGCUUUGAAACUGCAAUCAAGCUGACCAGAUCUUCUGAGAGUGAUUCCUGUUCUUCAUUGCUGAAUGAAAGAGGGCACAGUGGUAUUCGUGAUACUUCUGGCAAUCAGGGUGGUGGCAACUGUUCUCGAGUGAUAUUAAAAUCUAUGAGAAUUCCACUCUCACAUGUAGAUGACGAAGAAAAUGACAAUGGCAAAAACACAUCCACUAGUCUGGAGACAUUUCCUUUAGAUCCAUCAGAAACUGCUUUUGGGGAGCCUUGGAGAAGUAGGCCCUUCCCUGAGUUAAAGAAGUCAUUCUCUUCUUUCAUCGACAAAUCACUGGCAACCAGUGGAAAAAGUGGUCGAGAGUUACAUGGAGUGGUUGGGUCUGCUGUGGCACUUAAUUCAAGCACAAUUUUUGGAGACAAUCUUUGGAAUGUGCCACAGAAUUCCAGGAGCUGCUUGCUGUCUAUCCUGGAUAAGAAUUCUCCUGUCCAGCGAUAUGAGGAUACUAUAAGACCAUGCAGUGAUAGUAUGUUGCUGAGUGAACACGUGACUAAGAGAAAGAAACGCAGAACAGGCUUACCUGUUGCAUUUGGAAACAACUCUGAGACAGAGCUGUCAGACACUGAUGACUUGCAGGGGACAAAGGAAACAGAGUCUCUUGCUAAAGAGAAUCUUGAAGUCAGUCAUGUUGGUGAACUUAUUACACUGAACAGCAAAAGUAAAAGCUACAUGAAGAUCAAAGCCAAUGAAACAAAAACUCUAGAAAAAGGAAAUGCUGAAACAAAGAACACAAGCUCUUCUAGUCAAUCAAAAUUAAACUUGAAUAAUGGUAAUAAUGGAAGAAUGGAUAUUAAUGUUGCAGUGUCAAAAACCAAUGAAUUGAACAAUAGCAAGAUAAAACUUCCUAAGUCUGCCUGUCAUAUUGAAAAUUCAGAUCAGAGCAGGAAGGAGGAAUGUAGUUCCCAACACUUAGACCAAACCACACGAAACAGAAGAACAUUUGUGGUGGAGCCAAAUUGUGUAAAUAACUGCAACCCUACAACUCAAGAAAUAAAAAAAAGAAUAUUCUUGGAAAAAAUGAAGAAUUUAGAAAAUCAAUUCCAAAGUCCAGAGUCUAGACCAUUAAACAAUGAAAAUCAACAAAAUGAGAAAAGCUAUAGUUACAGUACCAAGUGCCCUAAUAAAACCAAAAGUUACAGAAAGACCAUUGUGCUAGAUCCAGGACCUCCUGAUGAUAGGAAAGAUUGUGCUUCUUUUCAACAUGAUACUAAAGAAAAGACAGACUUGGAAAAUGUAGAUAAUCUAGGAAGAUGGUUCCAGAGCCCAGAGUCUAAUUCAUUAAACAUUAUUGUGAGUACAGAACAUUCAGUAGGUUUCCAGAAGCAAGUCCCUAGUAAAGAAGCAACUUCAGAACUGAAUGUAAAGCGUAAAAAAUCAAAGAAGAAAGUGCAUGAAAUUAAUGGAUCCCAUUGGCUAAGUGAGAUGGAAGAACAGAGUUUAGAUAAUACAGACCCUGAGCUUCAAAAAUCAGAACGUAAAACCAAAAAAAGACAUAGAGGUAAAACAGUGAAUGCUGAUAGGGAUAUCAUACAGAGAGAACUUUGCAGUGCCAGUUCUGAUGUGUUUGAUUUGAGUGAAAAAGUUCCAAAAGUCAGUAAAAAGAAGACAAAAAAAUCAAGAUAUAUAGCAUCUGCAUUUUCAAUUUCCUUGGAUGAUGAAGAUAACAUUUUUGAAGGCAGGGAUAGGAGCUCAGUCCAAAACAGCUGGGGAACCUCAUCCACCCCAAACAGUUGCUCUUUAUCCAAAAUAAAUAGCCAUUCAGAGAAGACAAACUGGAUUGCCAACAGCUAUGAGGCUGGCUUAAAGAAAAAACUGGAGUCCAUGUCUACAUUUACCGAGAAAACAUGCACUGUAAAUGAUUUCAGUAAUGAAGGUCCUGAUUCUGAGUUUGUCCCUCAAGGUUCAGAGGAAUGUGAAACCAGUCAAGCCAAUCAGACAAGAUGGAGCUUUCUCCGAGUUCCAGGCUGUAGAGCUCUGCAAAAUCCUUCUAUUGUGAAUAUCACCAAGACUUUGCCUGUAAAUCCUGAUUCUCCUUCACUUGGCCAUUCUAAGAGCUCUAGCUAUUCACCUUCUGUGCUUCAUCCUGUUGAAGCCCAGGCAAGCCCAGAAAGAGAUUCUGCAUUGUCAACAAUCUCAACUGUCUUCAAGAAAAAUAUUGAGAAACCUAUGGCUUCUGGAAGACAGGAGAAGCAGCCCAUACAUGCCAUUCCAGAAAUAACUUUGCAAAACGCAACAGUACAAGAAAACAGGAACAAAGGACUGAAAGAUUUGACCAAUUCUGUCCCUCUUGAAACGUCUCCAAUACGUCCAAGCAGGCGAAGAAAAAAUGAUGUUUCCUAUGCAGAGCCAAGGCUGAAUAGAAAACUGAGGCGUGGUGACCCAUUUACAAUCACUGACUUCCUCAGCUCCCCCAUCUACAAAGCAAAAAAUAAGAAAUAGAAGGAACUGGAAAGUCCAGGAAAACCAAGAGCAUCAAAAAAAGAGGAAAUGCAGCUUAGAUUUGAUGACUAGUCUUUAGACAAACAGCAAUGCAAUUGUUUCUUAGCUGUGGUUUUAUUUUUAAUUAAGGCAUUUUUAAUAAUUUCAUUUUAAAAAUAAAAUUUUUCUCUACAAAUAAUUGUUUCUCAAAUUAGGUCUAUUGAAUUAUAUUGGAUUUAUUCUAAGUAUUUCAAAAUGCAUUGGAAGUCCUAUAUGUAAGCUUGGUAAAGCGUCAAAAUAACAUGGAAACUAAGAUCAGCCAUUCUACCACCUUGCAUGUCUUCCAUUAUUAUUAUUAUUAUUAUGGUUGGUAGCACUAUUAUUUGUUGUAACAAAAAUGCUUUUAAAGCUUUGAGCAACAGCAGAGGAGUUUCUGAUGAAAGUACUGUAAAAGAAAACAAGACGAAGUCUUUAAUUUUGGUUGGAAAGCAGAAUUCAUAGAGUUAUAACCUUACUGAUUUUAGCCUGAUAUAAAAUGAAAAAAAAAUCCUUCAUUAAAUAAAUUUUCAUGUAGAAAACAGUGUAAGAGAAAAUAGAAAAAAUACAUUGGGGAGAAGGGGUUUUGUUCUUUAACUGAUUAACGUGUACAGAAAGUUUGGAAUAAUGUUUCAGUAGUCUGUGGAAUAUUAUUCACCUCUUAAAUAGGUAGAAUUGUAAAGGGUAUUUUUGUAUCCAAGUGAGUCUUCUUAUCUAGAUCUCAAAGGAAAGAUAUUACAGUUGAGCUUCCACUGUAUUCUAAAACCUUGAAUGUAUGAUCAGCAUAGCUUUGUUUUUGGAAGUAACUUUUCUUUAAUAGAUAUACUAAAUGAGGAAAAAGUAGUAACAGUGUUUUCAGUAGGGGGAUGUUAAAACAUGUCCCACCUCAAAUUUAAAUCUCCUUCAGAAUUUGUUGGGGGGGCCAAACAACUGUACCAGAUAUUUCAAGAUGCUAAAAAUGAUGUGAUUUCUCCAUCAGUGAACAGGCCAUGAAAUGGCAGAUACAUUUCAGUGUGAGUAUACAUUCAAUGAAGGCUUACAGGAUGCACUUUUUAAAAGAUUCUUUGCAAAGGCUUAUUCCUAUGUAUUACUUUGUUUCCUAAUUUUUAAAAUUAAAUGGGCAUCUGGUGUGUCACAAAAUACUUGAGUAACAUUGCUCCCUCUCCCACCCCACCCCAAAAUAAUUUAGCAUUUUAUUAUUCUUUGAAAAUUAGAACGUGAUUGCAGCUCUGUGCUUGAUUGAGAAUGGGGACUGUUGGACAGAAAAAAAGGUAAACUGAGUUGAGCAUCCUGGAGACUGGAAACUAUAGUGGGAACCACCUUAGUAUUUUGCCUUCCAUGAAUGGGUGUUCUAUGAUGAUGAUGAUGCACACCUUUGCAUAAAAAGGUGGGACAUAUGUGCAUCAUAUUUUCAGUUGUGUCACAGGUCCAACGGUGAUGCCUACCCUAUAGAAAAGCCGGAAUAUAAUCUGCUCUGCCCAAUUUUUCCAGGUUCUUGGGCAACUAGUGAUGCCCAUACUUACAUAUCAAGAUGCCAUUAUUGCACUUUUGUUUAAUAAUAACAAGAUCUAGUUCUUAAUCUGUCAUGCGCUGGGUUAAAACGUACCCAGCCUUUCUUAACUGAACAUCCUACACCCUUUUCAAGUAGGAUAACUUUGCAACUUGAAUUUUAAGCUACAGUUCAUAGACCACAGUACAAAAGGAUGGGAAUUAGUGUUUAUUUCUGUUAGGUAUUUUGCCUGCUUAAAAAACAGUGUUACAGCUGAUAAAAACUGAGUGACAAGUUAGUUUGAAAUGAUCCAUCUUAACUUAUACAUGCAGGCAGAAAGCAAUUUUUCCUAAUCUUUAGACAUCUACCAGAUAUAA